AUGGUUCUCGUUACCCGCUUCUGGCUACCUAAGCACCCUAAGCACGAUGUGAAUCAAGAAGACAAACUCAGUAAAGACGACAAGGCUGAACAGCAAACCCAAGUCACGCCAAUAUCGAUUUCUCUCAAGCGACUAUUCCUACCAAAGCUGGAUUCAAAGGCUCCAUAUGUUCCAAAUAUCUCGGCCGUUAUCAAAGCUGCAGAUGAGGGUCUGAUUUCUUCCGCACUAUUCACAAGUCUUCAAGAAGAAGACGGACAGAUACCACUCAGCGCUCUAUACCAAGCAUUUGAAAAGGAAAUCCGCGCUCGUUAUCCUCUCGAGAGAUAUCCAUACGCCACGGAUGUACCCAAAGGCCAUGCCUUGGCGAGGAAACCUUCAGGAGCCCUUGGCCGAUCUAAAUCGGUAUCGGGGACUUCGCGGGCAGACGCCAGCUUAAAGAUGCAUAGGAAAAGUAUGGACCUGUCAAUGACAGAACUGGGACGAGCUAGGAGUCUUGUUGUAAAGAAGUGGUCGUCGCCUCUGGUAUCGGUGCGUAACGGACUACCCAACGAUGGAAGCCGUCAAACUGGGAAAAAAACAUGGGCCAAAGACGGACAGAAAGCAAAAGUUGAAAAAGGCCGGACAACCGUAACGAUCACACCCGCCGAACUCACUGCACUUGCCAUAAUACUCGGCAGCGAACCGAAGCGCAAUGUCGACAGAACAGUUCCAGUCUCAGAGACGGGCGCCUACAAUAUCUCUAUCGUCUCCGUGCAAACAGGCGGAUCAAAGUACCACAUCACCCUCCAGCAAACCAAGCGCAACAAAUGCCAGUGGCACGCCCCAGACUCCGGCGUCUCCCCGCUCUUCGCAAAGCACCUCGCCGCCGGUUCCCUCCCCUACACCCAAGACGCCCAAAACACGCACAGCAUCCUCAUCACCCCCUCAACCCUCUCAGCCAUCCAGUCAGGCUCUUCGCUCUCCACCACCGCCAACCAAACCCCGACAAAGCAAACCACCUUCCUCUCCUCCCUCCCCUCCUCUCUCCCCCCCAAAUUCCACAUCCUCACCCCCUCAACCUCCCUCCAACCCCCCACCACCCUCCUCAACGCCAUCGCCGCCUUACCCCUCUCGCGUGGUCUCGCCCCCCUCGCCUCAACCCACCUCAUAAAAACCAUCUCCUUCAUCACCACCGGCGGCGUCAGCCCAGGCAAACUCCUCCCCCGCCUCGAAGCCCUCGUCGCAAAACUGCACCGCCACUCCCCUCAUCUCUCCCUCUUCGGCGCCCUCUACGACCAGCGAAACGCAAAAGCCCUCCAUCGCGAGCGCGAGCGACUCCGCCGUCUCGGCGUCGACCCAACGACUCCAGACACGCGCGCUGACAAGGCGGCGCGGAUGUCGCGCUAUGUCGCGCUGCUGGAGCGUCUGAUGGCGCUGGUACCCGACACGAAGCCCAGCGAGGUACUGAAGAAAGUCGAGGAAGGGCUGAGAAGUGAGAUUGCAGAUGCCUAUGCUAGGGCUACAGGUACGGGUACUUCGAGGGCUGGAUCUACGGCUUCUCGCACUGCUUCUGCUACGGCCACGACUGCUGCGCAGCUUGCUGUUCCAGCAGCGAAGUCAGAGAGUCCGGACCGCAGGCUGCGACGGAGGUCGAAUCGCUUGAGUUUUAUCUCGCGGGCUUCGACGGGGUCGAGUGUGAGUUUUGGGUCUGAUGAUGGUGUUGGGGGGGAUCUGGGCAAGCAGCUUGAGAGGGUGCUGAAGGCGGAGUUGCCGUUGGAUGUUCGCACUGUGGCGUUUGUGGCGCGUAUAGUCAUUGUGGCAUGGACUUUGAGUGUCGAUGGUGUUGCAUUUGAAGGGGAAGAAGAUGCAGAGGGCUGCUACAAGAUUCCUGAUUUCACUGGCUGGGAUAGGAUCGUCAUGUCGUAA